GUACUUGUAUAGACACAUUUCAGAUCUGGAAGUUUAUAUAAUUUCGAUUUGACUAAUAUCCACAUUCAUCUGAUCCUCUUCCAAAUGCAAGCUUCAAGAAUCGGAAAUCUGGUGGAAAAAUUCGUCAACACUGAUCAGGCCAAGCAAAUCCACUGUCAAAUAUUAGUCAGCAAUCUUCACAAUCUCGAGCCACUCUUAGUCCGCCAAAUUUUGAAAUGCGCCGCUCAUUAUUCGGCACGAACCACCCACUACGUCAGAUCGAUCCUGCGGUAUAUGCGAAUUCGCGACGCUUUCUCCGCCUCGUGCACAAUCCGUUAUCUCUCUCAACACGGGCAGUUUCGAGAUGCUCUUGCUCUGUAUUCGGAGUCGCACGCUUCGGGAAUAUUUCCCAAUACGUUUGCUGUAUCUUCCGCGCUUAAGUCUUGCGCGAGGAUUCUGUGCAAAAGUGGCGGAUUGAUGAUUCAUGGGCAAGUGCAGAAGUUGGGUUUUUGUGAGGUUGUUUUCGUGCAGACGGCGCUUCUGGAUUUCUACUCGAAAUUGGGUGAUAUGGCGGUUGCGCGUAAGGUGUUUGAUGAAAUUCGUGAGAGAAAUGUGGUUUCUUGGAACUCUUUGUUGGGUGGGUACGUGAAGGGCGGGAAGCUGGCUAUGGCGCAGAGCGUGUUUGAUGAGAUGUCUGAGAGAGAUGUUGUGUCGUGGAACUCGAUGAUCUCCGGGUACACGAGGGCCAAGGAUAUGGAGCAGGCUUAUGAAUUGUUUCGUCGAAUGCCACAGAGGAGUUCUGCUUCCUGGAAUGCCAUGGUCACUGGCUACAUAGAAUGUGGGAAGAUGGAGCUUGCGCGAAGCUUCUUUGAUGCGAUGCCAGAGAGGAACAAUGUCUCGUAUAUCACGAUGAUCUCUGCCUACUCAAAGUGUGGGAAUGUGGAGUGCGCGAGGGAGCUCUAUGAUCAGCGCAGUGAGAAAGAUCUGCUUCUGUACAAUGCCAUGAUCGCGUGCUAUGCUCAGAAUAGCAGAGCAAAAGACGCGUUGCAGUUGUUCCACCAACUGCUGAAGCAGAACGCGAAAUUUCAGCCUGAUAAAAUGACCUUGUCUAGUGCCAUCUCGGCAUGUUCUCAGCUGGGAGAUUCGGAACACGGGGCGUGGAUUGAAUCGUACAUGAAGGAAAUGGGGAUUGCUAUGGAUGAUCACUUGACCACUUCUUUGAUCGACUUGCACACAAAGUGUGGAGACAUUGAUAAAGCUUGCGAGCUCUUUAAUGGCUUGCAAAGUAGGGAUUUAGUAGCUUACACCGCCAUGAUACUAGGGUGUGGCAUCAACGGUAGGGCAAAGGAGGCCAUUGGUCUAUUCGAUGAGAUGAUCGACAGUGGCAUGGUUCCAAAUGUGGUGACCUUUACAGGUAUAUUGAGUGCUUACAGCCAUGUGGGGAUGGUGGAGGAAGGGUACCAUUGCUUGAUGUCGAUGCAGAGACACGGGGUUGGGCCGACACCGGAUCACUACUCGAUCGUGGUGGAUCUUUUGGGUAAGUCUGGGCGGGUGGAAGAGGCGUAUGAGUUGAUCAAGAGCAUGGGUAGUGUGGCGCCGCAUGCUGGAGUGUGGGGGGCAUUGCUUCGUGCUUGCAGCCUGCACGGCAAUGUGGAGGUCGCGGAGAUUGCUGCGAGUAAAUGCUUCGAGCUCGAGCCUGAUAGCAGCGGCUAUCGUUCCCUUCUUGCUGGGAUUUACGCGGCUGCGGGGAGGUGGGAAGAUGCUGAUAGAUUGAGGAGAGGUGUUGAAGAGAAGGGGCUUGUUAAGAUACCGGGAUCUAGUUGGAUUCAGUAGCUGCUUAGAUUUUGCUUAACGUGGGAAUUUGGACACUUGAUUAUAAUACUUGGAGAAAAGAGGAAACAUAAAGCUGAGUAGAAUUGUGAAAGAUUGUUAAUUCUUGGUUAUUAUCAUGAUGGAAUCCAGUAGAAUAUUGUUCUACCUUUCUUUUAUUUAUUUAUUUUGAUUUGGUCAUUUGAAAAUUGGCUUGUUGUAAUAUUGUGGCUUAAAUCGCAUAACUAGUUUUGAUC